AGCAACAGUCAAUAGUUCAACUUCAACGCAACGCAGCACAGGCAACGUUGGUUGAACAAGGAGCUGAGCUGAGCUGACCGAGUCCAGCAAUGGCGGCGAGGGCUGCAGGUGCCGGCGGGCUUCUCGGAGCGACCACCGCCAAGGGCAGCCGUCUGCCGUCGUCGUCUCUAGCGGCGGCCUCCGGCAGCCGGCCGUCGUGCCGCAUCCCGUCUCUCAAGUUCCCCUUCCUCUGGGACACGAAGGCGAGGCACGGGAAGAUCGGCCGCGCCGCGGAGCAAAGGGCGGCGCUGAUCACCUUGGGGGCAGCCACCGCCAGCACCGAGGAGGAGAAGCUGCGGGGGCUUGGCCUGCCAGGAGAAGCGGACAGCGUGGAACUCCUGCUUCCUCUGGCGUACGAGGUGACCAGGAGGCUCCUGCUCAGGCAGCUCGGGGAGACGUGGCUGGCCCUGACGCGGCCAUGCUGGGCCAAGGUCGUCGAGGCCGUCGUCCACCGGGGUAUCGUGAGAUGCCAGUCGUUCACGCUGAUCGGCGUGGCAGGAUCGCUCCUCGGUUCAGUCCCAUGUUUUCUCGAGGGUUGUGGCAUUGUUGUUCAGUCGUUCGCCUUGCAGUUCCGCGCCAUGUCCCACAUAGUAGAUCCAGCCGAGAUCAUCAAACUGCUCAUCGAAGCAUUAGACAUGUUCCUGAUCGGCACUGCCCUGCUGACGUUCGCCAUGGGGAUGUACGGCAUGUUCUACGGCUCGCAGCGCGUCCAGGAGCCCAUCUACGAGAGGCUGAAGAAAGGGGCGAGGAUCCGGUCGGUGACGCAGGCCAAGUCGAGGUUCGGCCACGCCGUGAUCCUGCUGCUCCAGGCAGGCGUCCUGGAGAAGUUCAAGAGCGUGCCGCUCGUCACCGGCCUCGACAUGGCCUGCUUCGCCGGGGCGGUGCUCGCCUCCUCAGCCGGCGUCUUCAUGCUGUCCAAGCUCUCGGCGCAUCCGCAGACAUGCAAGCAAGCCUCCUUCGCCUGAACGCCGCAUAACAUGCAUUAUUCAUUUGUUCUUUCGAGUUAGCACUUAGCAAAGCAAGAAAUAGUAGUAGUAGUAGUAGAAAAGCCAAAACCUGUGAAGAUCUUGUGCCUUUUCCUCUUUUGUCUCACUACAUGUAGCGGUUUAAUUUGUACUGUACUAGCUUGAGCGCGAUGUCAAUAAAGCUUCUCGGGGUAGAAAGAAAGAAAAA